AUGGUAAAUGCAACUGAAGUAACGAUACUCCAUGGAUUUGAAUUUCCAACGUAUUGUAACUAUCUGGAGGUUAGUGAAGAUAGUAAGACGCUUUUAGCAACGGGUGGCUAUAAACCAGCUACGUCACUAUUUGACUUGCAGGAGCACACACUUAAAGUAGAAAGACACGCGGAUUAUGAGCUUAUAAAAGGCGGAUUUAUAGGGGAAGACUGGACAAAAAUAGUUCUUCUUUCGAAUGUAGCAAAAAUAGAGUUUCAAACUCAGUUUGGGAAACACGAUUCAGUAAGCCUUCCACAGCAGUGUAGAGAUGUAAAAGUAGACAAAAUACAUGCGAAUGUAGUUCUAGCCGGAAAAACAGGAGGAAUACAUCAAUUUAGUAUGUCUACAGGAAAGUUUCUUCCUUCUAUUACAACACAACUAACAAGUGCUGAGGAAUUUGCAUUAAACCAGUCGCAUACACUCUGUGCAAUUGUAGGAAGCAGCAAGCUAACAUCGUGCAGUGCGCCCGAUAAAAAAGGAAUAUGUGAAUUCAUUGACAGUAGAGACAAUAAGCCGGUUAGGCAGCUGUUUGUAGAUGCGCCUGCUACUUCCUGCGCAUUUUCAGAAAACGGGAUGCUUUUUGGUGUUGGCACUGAGGCGGGAAUAAUUUCUCUUUAUGACAUACGAAGUGCCCGGCCAAUAAUUGAGAAAGACCACAAUUAUGACUUUAAGAUAAAAAAGAUAGAAAUUAAAGACAAAAAAGUACUAUCGUUAGACCAAAAGGGUAUGAAGGUAUGGAAAUCAGAUACGGGUAAGGUUCUUGCUACAAUCCAGCCGUCUUUUGAUGUAAAUUCAUUUACAUCAUCAGAAGGAAUAGUGUUUGUAGGAGGAAAUUCAGAGCCAAUGAAAACUUACUAUGUUCCGGCACUUGGAGCAAUUCCAGAGUGGUGCAGCAACUUAGAGGGGGUUACAGAGGAAAUGAAUGAAAUGCAAAAGAUGACAUACUAUGACCAGUAUAGGUUUAUAACUGAGGAUGAGCUGAUACUCCUUAAAUUACAGAAAGAGGUUGGCAAGGCAGUUAAGCCGCAUAUGCAUGGAUAUCUUAUACAGCACACGCUUUAUAAUAAACAUAUUGAGUCCAACAAAAGACCAAAUGAAAAAUAA